CUGAGCACUAUAAAUCAUCAUAGAGCUAGUACUGAGCUUCCGUACAAGCAGCACACAGUAACUGACAGUCGGGACAUCUGAAGUCUUGUAUUUUUAAGCAGGAGGAGUGUAAAGAGAUAAUGGUCUUACUCUUGGAUUAUGGGAUGGUCAUCAUUGUGCUCACAGGAGCACUGGUCAAUGUUGCCUCUGCCCAAACUCGUCAGUACUACUUUGAGAGUACACCACUGAACUGGACUGAAGCUCAGAGCUUCUGCAGACAGGUCUACACUGACCUGGCCACCAUAGAAAACACAACUGAUGUCAGUGCUGUACUCAGGACCACACCAAGCUACACAGGAAAGGCUUGGAUAGGUCUCUAUGGCGACAGCUGGAGAUGGUCUCUGAAUGACAGCAGCUUCUAUGGUGAAGGAGAGACAGAGUUUAGAAACUGGGCUCCUGGACAUACCAGAAAUCCUAAUGGACAACAGCUCUGUGUGGUGCUUCAAAGCUUUUACUAUUACUAUGACUAUUUAUAUUUAUAUUACAAUUACUUUAUCUACAAUGGAAAAUGGUCUGAAAUUGCUUGUGACAUCCAACGGCCAUUUGUGUGCUACAACGGUACAGCAAAUGGCACAUCAUCCUUUGUAAAAGUCAACUCACCUUUGAAGUGGACUGAAGCUCAGAGCUACUGCAGGGAGAAUUAUGUCGAUCUAGCCAGUAUACGAAAUCGGGCAGAAAAUUACGUCAUCACAAAGCUGACAGGUGCUGACUCUGUGUGGAUCGGUCUGCACUGGGAACGACUGUGGUCUGAUGGGAGCACCUAUCCGCUUCAGUACUGGGCCAGUGGGCAACCAGACAGCGCAGGGCAGUGCGUCACCACAUCAUUCAGAAACUCAGGACUGUGGUCAGAUGAUAACUGCUCCCUCACUUUCCCGUUCAUCUGUUACUCAACAACUCCUCCAAAAACAGAAGACUUCAGAUCAAUAGGGCAAGAUGAGACCAGUAUCACUUUGCAGUGGAACAAAGUGAACAACAACAUCAGCUUUAUUCUCCAGUUUAAUGAUGCAGAGAUCAACAUCACUGCACCAGAUGGAGAUGGACCAGUAACUCACACAGUCUCAUCUCUCACUGCUGCAACUGAAUACACAUUCACUCUCUUCUCUGUGUUUGAGAACGUCAGAAGCAGUGGAGUAAACAUUACUGCAGUUACCGCUCCUCCAAACGCAGAAAGCUUCAGAUCAAUAGGACAAGAUGUCACCAGUAUCACUCUGCAGUGGAACAAAGUGAACAACAGCUUCAGCUUUAUUCUCCAGUUUAAUGAUGCAGAGAUCAACAUUCCUGCACCAGAUGGAGAUGGACCAGUAACUCACACAGUCUCAUCUCUCACUGCUGCAACCGAAUACACAUUCACUCUCUUCUCUGUGUUUGAGAACGUCAGAAGCAGUGGAGUAAACAUUACUGCAGUUACUGGAACUCGUCAGUACAACUUUGUGAGUACACCACUGAACUGGACUGAAGCUCAGAGCUUCUGCAGACGGGUCUACACUGACCUGGCCACCGUAGAAACCAUAACUGACACCUAUGCUAUAUUCAGCACCACAUCAAGCUACAGAGGCAAGGCUUGGAUAGGUCUCUAUGAUGACAACUGGAGAUGGUCCCUGAGUAACAGCAGCUUCUAUGGUGAAGGAGAGACAGAGUUUAGAAACUGGGCUCCUGGACAUACCAGAAAUCCUAAUGGACAACAGAACUGCGUGAUACUUCAAAACUACAAGUAUUCUGACUAUAUGGAUUACUACAAUGGAAAGUGGUGGAAUGUUAAUUGCAACAUCCAGUUCUACUCUGUGUGUUACAACGGUUCAGUAAAUGGAACAUCAUCCUUUGUAAAAGUCUACACACCUUUUAAUUGGACUGAAGCUCAGAGAUACUGCAGGGAGAAUUACGUCGAUCUAGCCAGCAUACGAAAUCAGGCAGAAAACGACGUCAUCACAAAGCUAGCAGCUGGGGAUGAUAUGUGGAUCGGUCUGCACUUGGAACGACUGUGGUCUGAUGGUAGCACCGUGCUGUUUCAAUACUGGGACGGUGGGCAACCAGACAGCACAGGGCAGUGCGUCACCACAGCACUCAGUUACUUAGGACAGUGGUCAGAUGAUAACUGCUCCCUCACUUUCCCGUUCAUCUGUUACUCAACAACUCCUCCAAACGCAGAAAACUUCAAAUCAACAGCCCAAAAUGAGACCAGUAUCACUCUGCAGUGGAAUAAAGUGAACAACAUCAUCAGCUUUAUUCUCCAGUUUAAUGAUGCAGAGAUCAACAUCACUGCACCAGAUGGAGAUGGACCAGUAACUCACACAGUCUCAUCUCUCACUGCUGCAACUGAAUACACAUUCACUCUCUACUCUGUGUUUGAGAACGUCAGAAGCAGUGGAGUAAACUUUACUGCAGUCACUGAGGGGCCUUCAGAUUAUGUUCUUGCCCUGAACGUGGAAUUAGAGUCAUUGACUCAGCUGUCAGACUCGGACUUGCAGAGUGUGUUGGAGGAGCUCUUCAACCAAUACGGACUGUCCCCACAGUUGUCCUUCAAAGUGUUGAGACGAAAAAUCAGAAGAGACUAGAUGAAAUCAAGGACAAUGGAUCUGCAAUUGAAAAACUUUUUUUUAAUUUAUUUAGUUAUUUAGACUUUUCACAUUUCCAUGAUAAUUGUCAUCAUUCUCCCAUUUAUAUGCCUGUGAAAAUAAAGAAUAUGUGAAAAUUGAUCCUAUAACCUGCAUUUCACCUUUAAAACAUUAAAU